UGCCAGCGAGAGAGGAGAGCGGGAGGGAAAGGAGAAGGAAGCCAAUAACAGGGAGGUCUAGGAAGGUGGCGGAGGGGGAGGGAUGGGGCCACUCCUCCAUCUGUGGGGCUGCAGAUUAUUUUGCAUGGAUUGUUGAAGAGAAAAGGGAGCUACAUUUGUGAAGGGACCAAAAAAUAAACAACUCGUUGCUUGGGAUCGUGCAUCUGUCCAAGUGCCCGGCUGUGCCUAGUGUGAUUGGCAUGGGGAUGCUGCAAGCUCUGUGACAGCAGGCGAUGCACACGGAUGCACACGGAGAAGAGGUAGUGCUGUGCCUGAGCUGACCACGGGGAGGGAGCUCGCAAGUGCUGGGAGAACGAGUGGAAUAUGAGUGAGAGCAGGCACUCUCCGUUGUCUGUGGCAGCCUGCGGCGAGCUGCAUUCCUCGGGCUCGCAGCCUGCUGUGCAAGCCCGCAGCAAUGGGGAUGAGCAGCUCGGCCAGCCUGCAGAGCCUGCCAGCGGGAGAGCCAGCCCCCUGGAUGACGCUGAGCCCAGCCCAGCAGCCGAUGAGGAGCGCCGUGGGGACCAACAUCUGGCAGCCUUGACGGGCGAGUGGGAACAGGAGGCGCAUGCCACGAGUAACUGCGAAGGCUGCAAAGAGACGGCGCUGGCCAACGGCGUGGACACGGAGCUCGACACGGGUGGGGAGGUGGCGAGGCUGCAGCCGCGGGACGGCAGCGUGCCCAGCCCCAGCAGCGUGGAUUCUGGGGAGGGGGGCUCCCCUGGGCCGCAGGCGCGGAGCCAGGCCCUCAGCAAGGUGCUCCUGCACAGCUUCCUGGGCUCCUCAGGAGCGCUGAGCGCUGACGAGCCGGAGGAGCAGCUCGGGUCAUCCAGGUUUGCUGCUGGAGAUGCCAAGCUGAGCUGCAGUGAGGAUGACAAGGAACAUUUUCAAUUCAAAGACAUCAGGGAUGGGUUCAGCUCGACCUUUGAGAAGAUUGUUGAGUCUGACCUUAUGAAGGGCACGUACUACAGCAGCUUGGACUCUCUAGACGUCCUCUCUCUUACAGAUGAGACAGACAGCUGUGUCAGUUUUGAGGCACCACUCACCCCACUGAUCCAGCAACGGGUCAAGGAAAGCCCAGAGCUCUUGGAGCAGAAACUGGUGGCCCAGCAGAGAGAAGCCCUUCACCACAUGGCUGCUGAUAAGCAAGAGCAGGCAGCAGCAAAGCCAGCGGAGGGGGAUUUUGGGAGCCCUCUCAGGCACUCAAUUACAAGCAGCAGGUCAGAGAAUGUGCUGAGCCGGUUGUCCUUGAAGAAUAUCCCAAAUGGAUUCCAUGUGGAAAGUUCAGAGGAAGAUGCCACCAAGAUCAUUAACUCCAUCAGCGAUGCCAGCUUGAAAGAUGCACUCUCAGACUCUGACUCUGACAUGGGCAGCACGGAGCAGCUUGACCAGGGAAGCACAGACACCUUGGCAAAUGGCUGCAGGGCAGACAGCGAGGCUGCAAAGAGGCUGGCCAAGCGCCUCUACAACCUCGAAGGGUUCAAGCGCUGUGAUGUGGCACGACAGCUCGGAAAAAAUAACGAAUUUAGCAAGUUGGUAGCAGAGGAGUAUCUCAGCUUCUUUGACUUCACCGGCCUGACCCUUGACAAAGCACUCAGGACAUUCUUGAAAGCAUUCCCACUGAUGGGAGAGACGCAGGAGCGGGAGCGUGUGCUGAUUCACUUCUCCCGGCGAUACUGCCAGUGCAAUCCAGAGGAGAGCACCUCCGAAGAUGGGGUUCAUACACUCACCUGUGCCCUGAUGCUGCUAAACACAGACCUCCAUGGCCAUAAUAUUGGCAAAAAGAUGUCGUGUCAGCAGUUCAUAACAAACCUGGAUGGGCUCAAUGAUGGGAAGGACUUUGCAAAGGAUUUGCUGAAGACACUGUAUAACUCCAUCAAGAAUGAGAAGCUGGAGUGGGCCAUUGAUGAGGACGAGUUGAGGAAAUCGCUCUCGGAGCUGGUAGACGACAAAUUUGGAGCCAGUGCAAAGAAAGUGACAAGGAUUGUUGACAGCAGCAACCCCUUCCUGGACAUCCCCCAAGCGCUGAAUGCAGUCACCUACAAGCACGGUGUCCUCACGCGCAAAACCCAUGCAGACAUGGAUGGGAAGAGAACUCCCAGAGGAAGAAGAGGUUGGAAGAAAUUUUAUGCUGUGCUUAAAGGGACCAUCCUUUAUUUACAAAAGGAUGAAUAUAAACCUGACAAAGACCUCUCUGAAGUGGAUCUGAAAAAUGCCAUCCGUGUGCACCACGCCUUAGCCACAAAAGCCUCUGACUACAGCAAGAAGUCCAACGUGCUCAAGCUGAAGACAGCUGACUGGAGAGUCUUCCUCUUCCAGGCUCCAAGUAAGGAAGAAAUGCUCUCCUGGAUCCUACGAAUCAACCUUGUUGCUGCCAUUUUCUCCGCCCCAGCCUUCCCAGCUGCGAUCUGCUCCAUGAAAAAGUUCUGCCGCCCACUCCUGCCUUCAUCCAUGACCAAGCUGUGUCAGGAGGAACAGCUGAGGUCUCAUGAAAAUAAAAUGAAGCAGAUUGCAGAUGAAUUAGCAGAGCAUAAAUCACAUCCUGUAGAGAAGAGCCUCAAGUCAAAAGAGGCUGAAGAGUACAGGCUCAAAGAACAUUACCUAAUUUUUGAGAAGAGCCGCUACGAGACGUACAUCAACCUGCUGUGCAUGAAGAUCAAAGUUGGGACAGAUGACCUGGAGAGAAUUGAAACCAGCUUCUUCAAGGUGGAAGCUGAUGACAUUGCUUUGCGGAAGACACAUUCCAGCCCUUCUUUGAGCCAAGGGCAUAUGUCUGUUAGCUGUAAGGUGGAAAAGGACAUAAUAGAGCAGAACACUUAACAAGGAACAUGUGCACAGGGGGAAUGAACCGGCGGUGCUUUGCGCUCCUGGACUAGAUCAAUGAGCACAAUUUUACCUAGGAAAUAAUUCGAACAAAACCAUAGAAGUGUAUGACACGGUGACUGCUCUAGUGAAAGAAGUCAAAGAAGCUUUAGUUGACACUCCUUGGCAACGCUCUGGCAUUUCAGCAUCAUAGACACUCCAUCUCUUCUUUGUCCCCAACAGCACCAGUGGCUUUUCUUUCCCUCCUACGGCAGCCUGCACAGUAAAGGGAUACGCUCAUUCUCCAGGGCCCGGUUGCUCUCUCCCACCAGCCCUCUCUCCUUCCUCCUCCUUCUCUCCCUGGAGUUUCCACCGGCUCACGUCCACAGUUCCCAGCAGUGCAGGAAACUCAGCUGAGACAUCGGGCUCUGUGGCACCAGCAGUGCUCUGGGAGCAGGGCUCAGAGCAUCAGGAGCGCGUCCCUGCCACGAGAGGAGCUCCAUCUUCGGCUGGACGCAUCACGACAGGACCCUUCCGUGAGAGAGUCACCGACCAAGCGAGAGGCAUCUCCAGCACAGCGUGUGGGAGAGGCACCUUCCCACGUCAGGAGAGACCCGAAGUGCCCUCUGUCACCCUAUCCUUUUUAUAUAUAUAUAAAUAUAUAUACAUAUGAAUAUAUAUAAAUAAAUAUAUAUAUAUAAGGAAACUUUAAUGUGGGUUUUUAACCUCAGUGUGCAAGAGAAGAUAAGCUGCCUGGAGAAGACACUGGGGACCAUGGAGAGCCUGAACAGCCCACCAAAACAUUUGCAAAAAUGCAGUAGCCUCCGUUUGCUUUUGGUUUCUUUUCUUCUUUUUUGUUACUCAGAUGGCUGGCUUCGCUGUGAAACAGCGCUCUCCUGUUCCUGCUCGUUCAGGCAGACCGGCCAAGUGGCUAUUUACCAUUCAUGGCUUUGGGUUCGAGGUGUGAUGGGAGCCGUGCUUCAGGUCCAGCUGAACCUUUGUGUGCAGGAGCAGUUCUGACUGCCCAUCAGUGUUGUAAUUCCUCCUUUCUGCGAUUCAUAUGCUAUGCUUUUUUCAAGGGGGCUUGUGUUUCCAUUCCUUUCUGCUGUCUGUGGUCCAAUGAUUUACUGUUGUACUAGAAAUGAUUCCACUGGAUUUCAAUGCCACGAUUAUCCUCCCACACUUUGUUUAUUUAUUUUGCUGUUUGGUUUGGUCCUUUAUCUCAGAUUGCUUUUCUUUCCCCUAGGUGCAUUCACAGUAACCAAGCUCCAGUUUUGAAGGAUCUUGUAGCUGCUAACUACAGUCAUUUAUUGUUAAUAUUUUGCAGCACUAUUUAAACAAAGAAAACAAGAUUUAUUUGGAUCUUCAACAAUUCAGAGCCUAUGGACUACUGUUUUCCAUGAUGGCUCAUACUACUAAAAACCUCCACCCAAUUUUAUCACCUCUUCUUUUAUCUCUCUGUUUCUUUGUACAGUUUGGUAGUUUAUUUGAAAUGAUGCACUAAGAAUCAUGUUAAAAAGAAUAACAAUAAAGCUGAAUCUGUUG